GGACGCGCGGAGAUGACGCAGGCAGCACCGGAAGCCGCUCCCCUGUGAGGCUGCGGACUGGGAGCGGCGGCCGUAGGUCCAGGCGCCAUGGCUGCGGAGUGGACCCGGCCGCUGCGAGGCUCUGGCGGCCCGAGCGCACCUAGUCGGUGUGAGCCCGGCGCGAGGUCCCGGGCCCCGGGGCACUCGCUCAGGUCAGUGCCGCGCGGAACACGGCUCCGGGAGCAAGGGACCUGGGAGCGACGAACGGGUUGAAGGGAUCUGAAGUUCAUUUUAGAGAUGGGAAAAUAGGGUCUCAGAGGUACUACUCGUAGUGCCUCAGUUUCCGUAGCUGCAAAAUGAGUUAACGACGUCCCAGGGUUGCCGUGAGUCUGAAAGAAAAAUUAUGAAGUGUGGUGAGGUGAUUUAUGAAGUACAGAGUGCUGUACAAUGUCAGGGCCUGCUCCAUAAUUGUGGGUGUGCCUUGGAAACAGGUAAAUUUUUCCAUAACCUUAUGGAGAGAAAGGACUUUGAGACAUGGCUUGAUAACAUUUCUGUUACAUUUCUUUCUCUGACGGACUUGCAGAAAAAUGAAACUCUGGAUCACCUGAUUAGUCUGAGUGGGGCAGUCCAGCUCAGGCAUCUCUCCAAUAACCUGGAGACUCUCCUCAAGCGGGACUUCCUCAAACUCCUUCCCUUGGAGCUCAGUUUUUAUUUGUUAAAAUGGCUCGAUCCUCAGACUUUACUCACAUGCUGCCUCGUCUCUAAACAGUGGAAUAAGGUGAUAAGUGCCUGUACAGAGGUGUGGCAGACUGCAUGUAAAAAUUUGGGCUGGCAGAUAGAUGAUUCUGUUCAGGACACUUUGCACUGGAAGAAGGUUUAUUUGAAGGCUAUUUUGAGAAUGAAGCAACUGGAGGACCAUGAAGCCUUUGAGACCUCAUCAUUAAUUGGACACAGUGCCAGAGUGUAUGCACUUUACUAUAAAGAUGGACUGCUCUGUACAGGGUCAGAUGACUUGUCUGCAAAGCUGUGGGAUGUGAGCACAGGGCAGUGUGUUUAUGGCAUACAGACCCAUACUUGUGCAGCAGUGAAGUUCGAUGAACAGAAGCUUGUGACAGGCUCCUUUGACAACACUGUGGCCUGCUGGGAGUGGAGUUCCGGAGCCAGAACCCAGCACUUCCGGGGGCACACGGGGGCGGUGUUUAGUGUGGACUACAAUGAUGAACUGGAUAUCUUGGUGAGUGGCUCUGCAGACUUCACUGUGAAAGUAUGGGCUUUAUCUGCUGGGACAUGCCUGAAUACACUCACUGGCCACACGGAAUGGGUCACCAAGGUGGUUUUGCAGAAGUGCAAAGUCAAGUCUCUUUUACACAGCCCUGGAGACUUUAUCCUCUUAAGUGCAGAUAAAUAUGAAAUCAAGAUUUGGCCAAUUGGAAGAGAAAUCAAUUGCAAGUGCUUAAAGACAUUGUCUGUCUCUGAGGAUAGAAGUAUUUGCUUGCAGCCAAGACUUCAUUUUGAUGGCAAAUAUAUUGUCUGUAGUUCAGCACUAGGUCUCUACCAGUGGGACUUUGCCAGUUAUGAUAUUCUCAGGGUCAUCAAGACUCCUGAAAUAGCAAACUUGGCCUUGCUUGGCUUUGGAGAUAUCUUUGCCCUGCUGUUUGACAACCGCUACCUGUACAUCAUGGACUUGCGGACAGAGAGCCUGAUCAGUCGCUGGCCUCUGCCAGAGUACAGGAAAUCAAAGAGAGGCUCAAGCUUCCUGGCAGGCGAAGCAUCCUGGCUGAAUGGACUCGAUGGGCACAAUGACACAGGCUUGGUCUUUGCCACCAGCAUGCCUGACCACAGUAUUCACCUGGUGUUGUGGAAGGAGCAUGGCUGAUGCCACAAGCCACCACCGCUGACUGACUUUGGGUGCCGGGGCUGCGGGUUUUUGUUGCAACCUCUAUGGCAGCCGACUGCAUGAACCAAAGUUCUCACCUAAUGGUAUCAUCACGCAGUGCACAAUCAUUUAUCUAUGUUUGCCAGGGGGCCAGGGCUUGGGGUGGGGAGGGCUUGUUUUAUUGACGUAACAACGCAGCAUGCUAAUGGGAUACACCAUUGACUUCAUUUGUACUUAGUUAUGUUGGUCAGAAUAAGAGGAUGCACUUCGAGUUCAUCUUUCUUGAGUGGAAUAUUGGUUUUAUGAAAGUUAAAUGAUUCAUUAAUCUGCUAAUUGGUUGCCUAUAAAAUCACAUUCAGUCUGUUAUUAAAGCUUUUUACCAUA